AUGACCUCUCCCUGGGCAAAAAUUGACCAACCUGAUCCAGUAAGUCUAGAAGAAAUUAUAUCUGAAGAAGUCGCCAAAAAAUUGCAAGGGAAAGAAGAUAAAAGACUGAAGCAAAAGAUCAAGAAAGACUUUGCAACUCAAACUCCCGUGAAAUUACCAACCAAAUCCGAUAAGAUUUGUGAUAUUGACGAAGUUAAGACAAAAAGGCAGCAUGAACAAUCGACGGAAGAAUUAAAUAGAUUUCCCAAUGUGUCAUUAGUUAAUAAUUGUAAAAAGGAUCCUGUGGAUAAUAAUUUCGUCAGUGAUUCCGAUGACGAAGAAAUUUUAGACGCGGAUGAAAGAAAAUUCUGGGAUAGAUUUGAAACUUUGGGGCCAGAUUUUGAUUUAAAACCACAGUCUCCCUAUAAAGUUCCACAAACCCCAAAAGUCCCACAUAUAUUAACAAAAGAUUUUGAUGUGAUUAUGAUGGAUGAAAUUAAAAAUGCCUUUAAAUUGAGACUAUUUCCAUUGAGAUUAUUUAAAGAACCAGUCAAAUGUUUUCCAGAAAAAAGUACAUAUAGGACACUUUAUACAAUGAGAGAAACACAAGUUUUGAACAGCAUAAAUGGUAUUAUCAGUAUAGGCAGGGAAGCAAUAAUUCUUCAUGGAAAUUCAUAUCCCUCUUCCAAAGAGUGCGCUAUAAAAGUCUAUAAACCAUUCCUGUCGGAUUUCAAAGGAUGUGAUAAAUUUCAGAAAUAUGAUCAUAGAUUUAUGAACAGAAGAAAAGAAAAAGUUUCUACAGAGACCAUCAGUCUUUGUGUUCAAAAGGAAAAGAAUAAUCUGUUGCGAAUGCACGAGGCUGGAAUACCUUGCCCAAAAGUAGUGGCACUUAAUAAACACAUAUUGGUGAUGGAGUUUAUUGGGGAAAACCAAAUAUGUGCUUUAACAUUGAAAUAUGCCACACUGACAGAUGAUGAUUGGAUAAAUGCUUAUCAACAGGUUGUUGAAAGUAUGAAGAAUCUUUACAAUAAGGCAAACUUGAUCCACACAGAUCUAACAGACGACAAUAUCUUGUGGCAUCAAAACAAAUGCUAUUUUAUUGAUGUCAGCGAAUCUGUAGAGAGUGGCCAUGAGGAAGCGUUUGUGUGUUUGUAUAGAGACUGUACAAAUAUUACAAUGCUCUUCUCCGUGAAAAAUAUUCCACACGUAGCUACACCAAUUGAACUAGUUAGUUACAUAACAGGCUUUGAUUUUGGCGAUCGCACUGAUCUUUCUGAUUUAAAAGAGGCUUACAAACGGCAAGUCAACCCACAGGCAGCCAUAAUCCAGGAAUAG